AUGCGUAAGCUUGCCCACUUCAAUAGUAUUUAUAUUUCUCCUAAAUGCCCUAAUGCAAGUAGGUACACUCGUGCUUUAGAAGAACGUGUCGAGUAUCUUGAGACGCAACUUAAGUCAGGGCGGAGGGGCAAUAAUGCCAGUGGUGGUGUCUCAAACCCAGUUGCUGCAUUCUUGUCACCUCCUAACCAAGCAGCGGUUCAGGGUAGUUCUCCGACUGGCAUCGACCACAACGCUAUCGGGGACCUGGUGGGAUUUCUUGCAUUGAAUUCCCUAGAGGCUCCUGCGUAUGUGGGGUCGAGCUCAGGAGUCUCUCUGGCAGCCAACCUGGGUGAAAUGGUUCAGACAACGGUCUGGAACCAAGUCCUGGCGUCGCCGCGAGGUUUAGAGAGCGCUCAAUCUACCGGAAAUGGCCUAAGUGCGAAUCAUGCAAAUCUGGGUCUUUCCUAUCAACCAGUUAGUACUAAAAAUAGCGGUGAUCGGUCUCGACCACCGAGGAUGGAGGAACUACUGGCGAAGGGUGCUGAGCCACCGAAUGACGAAAUGGGAUCACGAAUCAUGAAUGCUUACCUGACACGACUCCAUACACGGUAUCCAUUCCUCGAUAGGAGAGAGCUAUGGCGACUGCACGAAGCCCGCUGGCAGUUGGCAAAGAAAAAACGCGAGGAACUUUCCAAGGCCGAUAAAUUUGGGAUAUUUCAGCUAUACAUAGUCUACGCGAUUGGGGCGACCUUUCUCCAAUUAAGUGAGCGGUACUCAUACAUCCCUCCUGAGAAGCGAUUCUAUAUGACCGCCCUUCAACAAGCUUCAGCUAUGUGCGAAGCACGUUCCAUUGAAAACAUAAAAGCCAUGACGCUUCUAGUUGUGUACCACCUUCGCUCCGCGUCUAGUCAGGGAGUGUGGUACAUGAUAGGACUAGCGAUGCGAACUGCUAUUGACCUGGGGCUACACAGGAAAGCAAAUGAGGUCAGCCUUGACCUAUUUACAGCCCAACUGCGGCGAAGGCUAUUCUGGACAGUUUACUACUUAGAGAGAGUCGUAUCCAUGUCCCUGGGUCGACCCUUCAGCAUUGCAGACAGGAACAUCGACCUCCCCUUGCCCUUAGACGUGGACGAUGACGUACGGGACCCAACUGUUCUAAGUGCAGCCCCCCCGACAGAUAGACCAACAACGAUGACAUUUGCCUUAUUUUUAAUCAAAGUACGCCAGAUUGAUUCCAAAGUUCAACAUAAGAUAUAUCGGGCAGAUCGACCACUCCACACCCUCCGCUCAAAGAUGGACCGUCUGUUCCUUGAAUUAGAAGAGUGGAAACAAUCAGCACUACUGCGAUUUAAUGGACCAGAUCUUGACUAUCCAAUGUUACAUUACAACCGGGCGCUACGACUUUUGAUUCAGCCUUUUCUGCCGUCGCUCCCUCUCACAGACCCAUAUUAUCAUAUCUGUCUCCGCGCGGCCGGCGACAUCUGCCAGACCCAUAAAAGAUUACACCAGUCGCUCGAAUACGGUCACUCUUUCCUAGCAGUGCAGACCGUAUUCAUGGCAGGUAUCACAUUGCUGUACGCCCUAUGGACGCACACUAGCGAGGUAUGGUCCGUGCAGAUGAGCAACGACAUCCGCGCCUGCUCCACGGUACUAUUCGUCAUGGGCGAACGAGCAGCAUGGGUCAAGAAAUACCGAGACGCAUUCGAGCUCCUCGUCAACGCGGCCAUGGAGAAGCUCGAAGGAAGCGACGCAGCCAAGAAAGUUGGAAUGGCCGAACUGAUGACAGCCCAACAUGGCAGCGCCAAUCCGCGCAACACUGCUAGCAUGUCCAAGGAGUAUCCGACAACCGGCCCGAACAUGCCCGAUGUCAACUCAGUGCAGAUGGAUCCGGCAGCACAGGAUCACGGAGUGCGCAUGGCAUUCCAGCUUGCUCCCUGGAUUGACCUGGAGGAAGAUUGCCCGUUCUGGAUGCCUGAUUUUGAGACUUUAGAGAGUUUAUCGGGGAAUCUGUGGAACGGUGAGGAUUCUGUACUGUUUGAUCCUCUGUGA